AUGUCUUUCAAUCCAGCUCCAUAUCUUGAUGCCAUGACUGGUGGGAACAAGGAUCUCGAGGGGCCAUUGUUCCGCGCGAUGAUCAGGGCCUGCCAGCUAGUCGGAAGAGUAUACAUCGCAACAGUUGUCGAUACGGGAGCCAUCGCUGGAUUAGCUCUCUGUUUUCCUCCGGGGAAAGUUCUUUGGCAAAAUGAUGUGCAGAGGAAUCUUGGCUUUAACCAAUUCUUGGAGUCUGUGUCGUCCAAGACCAGAGAAUGGUGGAUCAACACUUAUGGUUCUGCGCUGGCCCCUUUUAUGAAAACGGCGUUGUCUCCUCAUACCGUUGAGAGCUCCUGGUAUCUGAAUUGUCUUUGCGUUGAUCCGAAGUAUCAACUCCAAGGAAUCGCCACAAACCUGAUCAAAAUGGUGGAACAGCAGGCAAUGACGACAUCUAUCCUUGCGCUCUGCACUGAUACCGAUGCUAAUGUUGCGGUAUACAAGGCGCUCUACUUCCAAUACAAGGGAGAAGCGCCUCUACCAACUCCAAAAGAUGAAUAUAUUAAUGUACAUUGUUUCACUAAGCCUGGCGCAAGGGUGUAG